UCACUGAUUACUAACUUUGUAUUGUUUUUAUAUCACAUUUUUACAUUGUUGUUGAUUGAUUUUGUGACGAUAGCUUAGUGUAUACUUACGUCACCCGUGGCUUGGAAUAUUUGCUCUAAUUAAAGUCUCCCUCUCGUUGUAAUAUAUAACAGGCUGAUUACGAUUUUGUGGCUCAUAAGUAUCGUAAUCUUCGAAGGUAUAACAGUUUACAUAAAAGAAAAUAUGAUGUUACUAAUCACUCUAGUUGUCAUCACUCAAUCGUUUGGCAUACAGGGAGCCAUAGAUGUCGUUUUCGAGGAUUCCCUUUGUCCUUUUUACGACGAGGAAUAUUUCUUAGAACCUGAUGUUUUUGUAGAUAAUCACAAUUCAUUGGUUUCAAACGUCACUAUAAUUAAACUACUUCCGGAAGAAACUCAAUCACGGCUCGUAAUAAUGGGAGCAUCAAUGGGAGAAUAUGUUGUGAGUACUGGAAUUGAUCAAACGAUGGAAUUGUGUGAUUUAAUCGAGGAACCUAUUAUGGCAGGUCCUAAUCUUAAAUUACUAGGAUUUUCUGAAGACCACUGUCCACCGUUACCUGGUAAUUAUGGAACCGAAGAUUAUGUAUUUUCACCAGAAAGAUAUUCAGAAAAAAUAAUACCUAAUCAAUACAUGAUGAAUAUGACUCUAUCAUAUGAGGAUAAACUAUUAUUACUAUGCCAAAUAUUCCUGAAAGCUAGUUGAAGCGUAAAGUUAUUUUUUGGACAGGCACUAUUAUGAUAAUUACUUAUUUUUCGUUGUGUA